AUGAAGGGCGUGCGCGAGGCAACAACGGUCACUGGCAGCAAGCAGCUGCAGCAGGCGCGCCGGCAGGCGUGUGGAGAGGCCGACAUUUGGGUCAACCCCCGGGAGCAGCGCGCCCGCCCAACUUGUCCGCUGUCACAGCCGAAGGCGACGCUGCCCUCGCGCCUGCCGGUCGCCACGGCCCCCAAGGCGGAGCGCACCCUUCCGGAUCUGAUGGGCUCCGCCUGCUGCCUCCUGCCGCUGCGGCCGUCAGAGCUGCUGGUGGGGCCGCCCUGCGGCGCCGGCGGCGGUGAGGGCCCGCUGCAGCAGGCGGCGGCGGCGGUGCAUGCCAGCAGGGCGCGUGCAGGCGGCGGCGGCGGCCGCAGUGGCGGCGGCGCCCUGCUUGGGGCGUCUGACGAGGCUUUCCUGGAACGGGGGCUCUGGUCACCCCGCUGUGGCGGGGUGUGCGAGGGCAGUGGGACAGGCAGCGGCGGCCGGGCCGCAGAGGGGGCGGAUGAUUGGACGGGCAACGGCGGCGGCGCGGUGGCGGCGUGCGGCGGUGGCAGCGAGAGCGGAUAUGACGAUGGCUGGGACGAUGCAGGCGAGGAGGGGGAGUACGGCGCGGAGGAGGAGGAUGAGGAGGAGGGAGACGUCGCCGGCUGCGGCCGCGGCCACAAUGGCGGUGGAAGCGCGUGCUGCUGGGGCGAUGAGUGCUGCUGGGAAGACACGGGCCGCAGCCGCGGCAGCGGCAGUGGCGGGCUGUCGGAGCGGGUGGAGUUUCUGGCGGGAUUCGCGGGCGCCAGCGGCGGCGGCGGUGGGGAGCUCGGAAUUGAUGAGCGCAGCGGCAGCGCCUGGUGCUGCGCGGCCGAAAUCGCGGCGGGGUAUGAGGAGGAUUCCGUCUUGCUCGGGUAG